AUUGAGAAGAGAAGCCUCUCUCUCUGUGAUUAGCUUUGCCUUCCAUUUUGGACAAGAAAAGGCACGCCUUUUCUCCUCUCCUCCACCGACCGCGACGCCCCGCCCCACCCGCAACCUUCCGCACCCACAUUUCGCCGGAUUUCUGCAGAAACUUGCGCGAUCCGAUCCCGGAUUCGCUCUCCGCUUGCCGAGAUCUGCCAAUCGAUCCCUCUCGCGCGCGAUUUGGUUCUCUUGCCCCGCCGGGGGGGGGGGGGCAAGACACAAGGCUUCCCGGAGUCCCGGACCCCGUCGUCCUUCCUUUGCGUUGCGGGGAGUCUCUACUGGAGUUUUGAUCGCCAUGGGAAUCUCUCACCCUCUCUCCGACGAGUAUGACGCCCUCCGCGACGCCGUGCUGUCGCCGGAGAGGACGCCUCCGUCGUCCCCUCCGCCGCCGGCGUCCUGCUGCUCUGUCGACGACCACUACCUGGAGCACGAGGUUUCCAGGAUGGACACGCUUGCCGGCAUCGCCAUCAAGUACGGCGUCGAGAUAUCUGAUAUUAAGAGAGCAAAUAGUUUGGUCAGUGACAGCCAGAUGUUUGCGCACAAAACAUUGCUCAUACCUCUACCAGGAAGACCCAUGCCGUCCUCUGUGAGGUUGAAUGGUUCUGGUCAAAGAAUGAAAAGAGCACGGGCUCCAAACCAUCAGCAAAACAGAGACAUUAUUGAUACAUUAGAUUCAUCCAAGUCUGGUCAGCAAGGGAUGUCACCUGCAAUGAGUACCUUGCAGAGAUACUAUGGCCUACCAUCUCAGAAAGGAAAUUCCAUGGAUUGUAGCACUGAAAUGCCUGUGUACCGUAAGGACAGCUUCCAAAGUAUCGGCAGUGAAACAUUGCUCAAUUCCUCUACAGCUCCAGGCAUGCCCAGUACUGACAAAAGAUGGGACUCUGAAGAAUCAAUAAAUGGCUUUUCAGCUCUGAAUGGUGCCACUGGGACCAAGAGCAAUGGGGCACCCAAACCAAAGCAAGAUGGUUCUAUGCGCCGGCGGCAGAAACUAGAAGCAGAUCGCCCAUCUAACAUAACCGAUACUCUGGAUGAUUUUCGGGCAGACCCAAUUAAGGUCCUCAAGAGUUUGUUGCCUAGGCCAAUUUCCAGUAUCCGUCUAAACAUGGAUACAAGCAGCCCAGAUUCCAGCCAGAAGAGCAAUAUUUCAUUUCUUAACGGGUUAAAAUCUGUGCGGAAGUCACCAAGCGCACCGAACUUUGCAGAUGCAGAGAAUGGGAUCUCGAUGUGGUCAAGUUCGAAGUGGACCUUCAACCAUGAGUCCUUCACCCGGCCGUUAAUUGAUGGCCUGCCAAAACCGGUAUCAGCUCUCAGGACCAAAACUGCCUUGGACUGAACUUAGUUGGUGUUCCAGGUUUUUCUUGCAUGCCCCCUAGUCCCCACACAGCUCCAACAUCCACAAGACAGCGUGGUGACUACUGGGUGGUGGAAUGAAAGAGGCGGCUUGGUUGAACAUAUCUGUUGUGCCAAUGCUCGUUUUCGGAGUGAUGGUUACAGUGCGGAUUUUGGAGGAUGUUUUGUAUCGGAAUUGCACGCUAAUUCAGCAUUUUUCCCUUGCUGUUUAUCUGUGGUGUAUCUUUUCUUUGCCUGCCCAUUUGGUAAAACUGUACAGCACAUUACUCAAUUUUCAGUGCCAUGGAAGCUGUGGCUUUAGUAUAUGAUCUCCCCUUACGUUGAACCUUGUUCUAUAGUUGUUAGAACAAAGUUUACAAAAUAGUACGAAUGCAGUACCCGAGAAGCUACAUGUAAGUGUUGAUGGAAUCAAUGCUAUGACAAGCAGUGCUACUUUGAUAAAUUGAUACGAUUCUCGUUUCAGUUUUUUUUGGGGGGCCUGUUCCACCAGACCUGAAGUGCCAUGACAUGGAAAUUGGUUGCCCCCUUGAUUCAGGUUUAGUAGCAAAGCUUGUAGUAGUUGCAAUCAUGGAGCAAAUGUUAAGUAUUUUGAGUCA